CGAGAGGAGGACGUGUCUAUAGGUCGCUAUUGCAUCAGAAACCACUUUUAGUUACUGGAAGCCACUCUUACAAUUACUUUAAGGACAUUUUAACAUUGUAUUUCUUCUGUUAGAUUCAGUAGAAAAAAAGUUGUAUCAAAAAUGCCAGCUGACACCAUAGAGAAAUCUUCCAUUUCUCCCAUUGUGGGGGCUUCGGCAACUUCUCCGCAAACUCCGGAUAAACCUAAAAGCGCAAGUGAUAAUAGAAAGUCUUCCAAACCCAUAAUGGAAAAGCGGCGCAGAGCGAGAAUUAACGAGAGCCUGACUCAACUGAAAACCUUAAUCCUGGAUGCACUCAAGAAAGAUAGUUCCAGACACUCAAAGUUGGAGAAAGCGGACAUCCUUGAAAUGACAGUGAAGCACCUGCGGAAUCUGCAACGUGUGCAGAUGAGUGCAGCUCUCACUGCCGAUCCGACCGUCCUGGGUAAAUACAGAGCCGGGUUUAACGAGUGUAUGAACGAGGUGACUCGCUUUCUGUCCACCUGCGAAGGGGUUAACGCCGAUGUCCGGAGCCGGCUCCUCAGCCACUUGUCCAGCUGCCUGGGGCACAUGGUGGCGAUGAACUACCCGCAGCCUCCGUCCAACGCCGGCUCGAUGGCCGGGGGUCACCUGGCUCAGCCGCUGCACGUCCAGCUGCCUGCCGCCGUGCCGGUCAGCGGCGCAGUGGGGAUGCCCUGCAAACUGAGCCCGGCCGAGGCCGUCUCGCCCAAAGUUUACGGCGGCUUCCAGCUUCUGCCCGCGGCAGACGGACACUUCGCCUUCCUCAUCCCGAACCCCUCCUUCACCUCAUCGGCCGGACAGAUGGGAGGCGGCCCGGUCAUUCCCCUCUAUGCCAAUGCCAACAUGCCGGGCAAUGCCAACUCGUCCUCGCUGCCUCCCAAUCCCAAACUGGCCGGAUCCCCGGUGCAAGGACUAACCUCGGUACCGUUCGGGCCCGCAGUGUCCCAGAACCACAGCCCUUUGGGAGUGAACGCGAGUCCCGAAAACUCAGAGUCCGUCUGGAGACCUUGGUGAUGAGCCAAGAUGCCUUUGGACUGGCCCGUUAAACUUGUUCCAUUGUUGGGGACAUCCGGUACUUAUCAUAAUAAGAGAUAUUUAUUUCGAUGUAAAUAGACAACCUUGUUGAUCUCCAUAUAACUUGCAGAUCUUAAAGUAUUUUUAAUGUGCAAGAAUCUUGUAAUUUGAUUUUGUUUUGUAACCUGUUUUCAUUAUGGGUGCGAUAUACCAAAGUCUUUUUUUUGUAAAUUUGUCUCUGGACAGAAAAUAAACAAUUCUUGUUCAUAUUUUAAAAGUCCCAAGUUUGAGGUUCUCAUUUGUUAGUGUGCAUUGGGCGAGAUGGUGAUCCAAUGGCUUCCCGUUAAAAGUUACUGCGGUAAAGAUGUGGACCAGGCUCGGCUUCAGAUAGUGGCAGCGUCUGCAGAAUCUCUUGUUUGGGAAGUGUACUUGGGCUGGACUACCACACAUUAACCUCUGUUUAUUUUUUUUAAAAAAAUCUUUAUCCUUGUAAUGUUUUAUUUGCAUGUCGCACCAGCCCAGUAAAUUAAUUUUAGAGAUACAGGCCUAACUACAUCCCUGCUGCCAAUUAACCUGUUAACCCAUUCGACCAUAUGACCUAAUAGUAUGUAAUAAAUGUACAUGGCGAAUAAAGUUGGUCCUCCUUUGGAGGGGAAAUAAAUAUUA